AUGGCAGCUCACUGCCCCACAUCGGCCAAUGAGUUGGCUAUAUCCCAAGGACAUCCCCCUCAGCCAGCCCUUAUAAAAACAUUACCUCUUAGGAGCUCAAUGGAAAUGAAAAGAUGUAUCCUCGAUCCAGAGCACGCCAAGGGACACUCCCAACUGGCACCUCCUCCCGACUCCCUCCCCAUCAACUCAUACACUGCUCCCUGCCCUCCUCGCCUCCUCAAUGGUCACUUCUUGGCAGACUGCCACCACUCCUCGCUGGCCUCCCGACCCAUUGAAUGGACUCCCCAUACUCUUAAUAUUCCAAGGAUACUAGGUACACCUCCUUUCCUCCUCCAAACCAUUGAAUGGCAAUUGCUGGCACGGAGCCCUCCCUACUCCCAGGAGGUCUGGCAUCGGAACCACCUGCGAUGCUGUCAAAUCGGACCACCUGCGAUGCGGAUUCCUCGGCCGUUGGCCAACACCGAUCGUUAUUGCAAACAUUCAGCCGGCCUAAUACCUUAG